AUGGCGGCGUGCCGGGGAUCCUCGUCCAAGUGGUUCUUCACCCGGGAGCAACUAGAAAACACACCGUCCCGCCGAUUCGGAGUGGAACCGGACCGGGAGCUGUCCUACCGACAACAAGCGGCGAAUCUGGUCCAAGACAUGGGUCAGAGACUCAACGUCUCCCAACUAACAAUAAAUACAGCUAUUGUUUACAUGCAUAGAUUUUAUAUGCACCACUCUUUCACCAAAUUCCACAGGAAUACAAUAUCUCCGACCACCUUAUUCUUGGCCGCAAAAGUGGAAGAGCAACCUCGGAAACUCGAACAUGUGAUCAAAGUUGCACAUGCCUGCCUGAAUCCCCAAGAAUCGCCUCUAGACACAAAAAGUAAUGCAUACCUCCAGCAAGCUCAAGAGCUGGUGAUACUUGAAUCCAUAGUGCUGCAGACCCUGGGCUUUGAAAUUACUAUUGAUCACCCACACACUGAUGUGGUGAAAUGUUCCCAGCUAGUGCGAGCAAGCAAGGAUCUGGCACAGACUUCCUAUUUCAUGGCUACCAACAGUCUACACCUCACUACCUUCUGCCUCCAGUACAAGCCCACGGUGAUUGCCUGCGUGUGCAUCCACCUGGCGUGCAAGUGGUCCAACUGGGAGAUCCCAGUUUCCACUGAUGGCAAGCACUGGUGGGAGUACGUGGACAGCUCUGUCACCCUCGAGCUGCUUGAUGAGUUGACCCACGAGUUUCUUCAGAUUCUGGAGAAGACGCCCAGCCGGUUAAAAAGAAUACGCAACUGGAGGGCAACACAAGCUGCCAAAAAGCCUAAGUCUGACGGCAACCAGUUGGCGGACAAUUCCUUUGCUGGUCCUUCCAUGCUCCAAGACCAUUCCCUUAGUGACGCCUCGCUCCUCGGAGUCCCAUCCUCAAACCCAAGUUUUUCCAAAGCAGCUGCCACCUUCAAUGUCCCAAUGCCUGGCCAGUCUGGAGGGGCACCUCUGUCUCUGGAGGUCAUGGCUGGCACGUACAAUCCAGCCAGCCAUAGCGAGUGGCCCCAGAGCAACCAAGCAGGGUACUCUUCCACCUGUAUAAAACAAGAACCCCUCAGCAUCCCUCACCAAGAACAGACAAUGUCCUUGCAGACCUCCGCUUCAUCUUUGCUUCAGCAUCCGUCAGUGUACAGGACUGAGAAAACAGUAGAGUUCAACCCCGUCAAACAGGAACAAAAAGGAGCUGGUGGGAGCGGAGUAGGCAAGCAUCAGCCACCACCUCAGCCUGCCUACCCUCCUCCACCAGCUUCACAGCCUCCUCUGCCACAACCUCCCUCAGCUCAGAAACUGUCUCUGGACAAAUACAGAGAGAAACAUGCUGCAGAGCUGGCUGUGUCUGGGCAGAAACGCAGGCAGGAGCAGCAUGGAAUAAUGGAGAGCGACGUGAGGGUGGAUCUAUCGUCUUCCUCCUCUUCUACCUAUGCACCAUCCACUAUGAGCCAAGUAGACCACAGAAAACAUUCACAGCCCUACCAAGUAUCCCUGCAUGUCCACGGUGGCACCACUAACUCCCCAAUGAAAAGUAAAGCUCCUUCCUCAUCUUCAGGGCAAGAUAGACGCCACCACAGCGACAAACGGGACAAAGGCUCACUUAAAGUCCGCUUGGCUGUUCCUGGGUCUGGCGGAAGCUCCCAGCUAGAUAAAAGUGGACCACCAGGCAAAGAUGAGCUUAAGAUGAAGAUAAAAGUUUCAUCAUCUGAGCGCCACAGCUCAUCAGAUGAAGGCAUGGCAGCAAACAACAAGAAUAAACAUUCCAGCCCGCUGGUGAGCAAAGAGAAACAACAUCGUGGAGCCGAUCACAAUCUCCACCGCCAUCACAAGCACAGUCACCCUCACACCCACACGCACAGCGGAAACGGACGAGGAGGACCAGAGGGACCAGGUGGCGGGGGAGGCCUGCUACGGGCUCCUACGGGACUGGUCGGCAUGGACGUGACGGCGCUCGCUCAUCCCGGAUCCACCUCUUUGUCUUCAUCCUCAUCGCGCAAGAGGGCGUACGCCGAGGGCAGCCACAACCACCACCCUCCCUCCUCAUCCUCCACUUCUAGCUCCAAACUGAGCAAAAUCUCCAAGGGUGGCACUGGUGCUGCAGGUGGGCUGCGGACCUCUCAGCAGUACCUUCCUCCUAGUGAAUCGCCACAUGAAGUGGGAGAGCAGAGACACUGAGUCCGCCACUCUGCAGCCAUGGCCAUCACAUGGAAAUGGCAACAAACUACCCACAGUUGAAACUAAAGACUAUGCUCACCUCCCUGUUAAGUGCCCUAGGAAAAUAACUCCUUUAUGUGAUGAUAAACCCUUUACUGAAAGGCAGAAAAACUGCAAAAGAUUAAAUGUAUUGUUGGACUUCUCAGCUUCUGAGAGACAAGAAAGGUGAAAAAAAUUAUGCUUCCUGACUGUAAGACCUGUGGGCUGUGAUGCUCAGUCCCAUCUUUUUGUUGGUGUCAAAUUGCUGCUUGGUUCUCCUCUCUCCUCAAAUGGGUCUAAGAAUGUGUGUGCGUGUGUGUUUGGUAGGGAGGGUAUGAGUGUGUACUCACAUCGUAGGGGAAAUCCUUCCCUGCAUUUCAGAUGUCCAUAUGAGAAAACAUAAGUAUUACAAGUACUAUAAAAAGGCAUUGGAAUAUAGUGUAUAUUCCUUGUCUUUCUUCAGUUUCUUCCUCUAUUUUUAUUUUAUUUUUUUUCUUUCCAAAAAUUGAAUCACAUUUCUUCGAUUGUAUGGAGGAAGCCAGUGGCCAGAUGGAGAUGAGUUAAAGUUAUGUUUGCUGGCAUUCCAUUUAAGCACUGUUGAUGGAUGCAUUAUUUUUUUUUUUUUAGGUGUAAAAUUUCAUCUCCUUUAAUUACUUUCUUGUCUUGAUUUCUUUUUAUACUUAAAUACUGUGCGUAAGAUUUGCAUGUUUCAAUCAUCAAAGGGAUUUAAAAGGAGAACACACUUGCUGUUUACAGAAAGUGAAGAUAAAUGUACAUACGUUUUUGUAUGUUUAAAGAAAAAAAAAAGCUAUACCAUGACUACUCAGGUUUGGAGCUGCUUGUAAGUAUAACAAAAUAACUAUAAAACCUAUAAAAUACUUAUUUUGUUGAUCAACUUGUUGGGCAUCAUCAUGGGUGAAUGAUUGCAGCAUUCCGGUUGAUGUGUGCUUCUUACAGCCUUCCUACAGAGGGUGCUGCGCUGAACUUUUCCAUCACAGGGAACGUCAGUCGAUGCCCUCAGCAACACGGGCACAUCCAAAACCUACUCUACACUUUAUCAAAACGAUAUGAUUUCCACCAAAAAUUGUUUUUUUUUUUUUUUUGGACCUCUUAGUAUACCUUUAAGCAGAAUGCCAAAGGUUGUGCCUCAAGAAAAGAAGACAAAAAAAAACCUGACAAAGACAGUUAUAGUAGUGUGAUUAUUAAAGUUUACAUAACCCUUUUUACUUUGAAGUGCAUUGGACGUAGAUUCACAACAUGACACUGUAGCCCUUUUAGACAUCAAGCUUGUAAAGGGGAUACAUGAAAUUAUUCAAUCAACCAUUAACAGGGUACUAUUCAGAAUAAAGAAAAACUUAUUCCCUCAGUUCUAGUUGCAGAAAGACUUCUCAGAACAGUGACUAAUAGGCCAUAUGCAAGAUGACCUGCUGGAUAUAUUGGAGGUAUCCACAGUGUUGACAUCCCCAAUAGAUUUUUUGUUUUCACUCACAUCCUCGUCCAGUUGGUUGAAGUUACGUUGACUUAACACAUUUUUGCAUCGACAUUAAAACUGUAAUGUUCUAAAAUCUUGA